GUAAUCGCACUCGAUUAAAUUGUUUUAUUCUGAUUGGUCAACUUCAAUCACAUCGAGCCUACAAUCCAUAAUGUGAUUAUGACUAAGGUUUAUGCUCUGGCCAUACGUUUCUAACCAAAAAAUUUGUUUACAUAUACUCUAAUUUCAAAUAUCUUUUCAUAUAAACAUAUUCAGAUGAUUUAAGAAUAAGAAAUGUUACAAAAAACACUUCUGAGAUUAAAAUGUAUCGCACGAUCGACACAGUUUCGCACUUUAACAAAACUAUCGGACAAUUUGGGAGAAAAACUCAACAAGAUGCAAGCUUGGCAAGUACAUUCGUAUAAUGGAUUGGAAGAUUUAAGGCUGUCUAAUGUCACGAUGCCAGUGAUUAUGCAGCCAACAGAUGUUUUGGUGAAGGUUGAAGCUGCUAGUGUAAACCCUAUCGAUGUAUCAAUGACAAAUGGUUAUGGCAUAACUGUUCUAAAUUUGAUGCGCAAAGCCAAGAAUUUGAUUGAUGGGACAUACAAUGGAUUAGAUUUGCCAUUAACAUUAGGCAGAGAUUUUGUGGGGGUCAUUGUAUCAAAAGGAAAUAAUGUAGGAGACAGGCUUGAGUUAGGCAAAGAAGUUUGGGGAGUAGUUCCAGUAGAACAGCAAGGUUGUCAUGCAAAUUAUGUUGUGGUUAACAGUAACUUGGUAAAUCCACGCCCUCAAAAUUUAUCUCAUACAGAGGCUGCAAGUAUUUUAUUUGCUGGAUUAACCGCAUGGUCUGCAUUAUGGAUUACAGGAGGAUUAGCUUAUAAAACAGCAAUAGUCACAAGAUUAAAUAGACGCGUUCUGGUUAUAGGAGGUUCAGGUGGAGUUGGAACUUUGGCUAUACAGCUGUUGAAAGCUUGGAAUAUGCAUGUCAUUAGCACAUGCAACAGUGAUGCUAUGGAUAUGCUACAGAAUUUAGGUGCCGAUAUCGUCAUUGAUUACAACCAAGAUAAUGCAGAUACAAAAAUUAUUUCAGAGGGACCAUACGACAUAAUCUUAGAUUGUACCAAUCAAGGACCGGAGUAUGUCAGAAUGAAAGGAUAUCCACACAGUACUUAUAUAGGAUUAAAUUCACCAUUGUUAAGAAAUACUGAUCAACAUGGACUAAUUGUAGGAAUGGCAAAGAAUAUGCAAGAUUUUUUAAAGUUUAAUAUUCCAAAAGGAGAAAAUAAAGGCUGUGUAAAAUGGGGAUUUUUUAUUCCCUCUCAGACGGGUAUUAACGUUCUUCAAAAACUUGUGGAAAAUGGACAAAUUGUACCUAUCAUUCAACAAGUAUAUCCUUUUCAAGAUUUGCCACUGGCAUAUGAAAAGAUAAGACAAGGUCAUUUAAGAGGUAAACUAGUCAUUGACAUAAGAUAAUGCAUCAUUUAAUUAAACAUAAGUAAAUAAAUAUAUUUUAA